GUUGACGCUUGCGGCCAUUGCACAUAAAUUAGCAGAUUUAAUUCCAAACAAAAUGACGUCUGUAGAGAACAAAACCCCAAAUAAACCGAAAGUAGAGAGUAAAGAGAGUAGCCCAGCAGUUAAGAAUAACAAAGACGAAAGGGAUUCGAAGGACGAAGUUGAAAAUAACAAUAGAAAUAGGAAUGAUAAUAGACAGGGUCGCGAAAAUAGGUUUCAAAAUCGUCGCGGGGGGCACGGAGGCAGAAACAUGAACAGAAACUGGGGAAACAGAGGUGGCCACCAGGGGAGAGACUCAGGCGGUGGUGGACAGAAUCAAAAUUUCAAUUUAAAUCCGCCUCAAACAGACUUUACAGGGGAGAUGAAUGAGGGGCCAAAAGAACAAAAGAAAUUCACUGGAAGAUGCAGACUGUUUGUGGGUAACAUAACCCCAGAUACAACAGAAGAACAGUUUAAGGAGAUGUUCACACCAUUUGGGGAAGUCUCAGAACUCUUUGUGAAUGCAGCAAGAGGAUUUGGUUUCAUCCGAUUAGACUACAGAAUAAAUGCAGAAAAGGCCAAAAUUGAACUAGAUGGACAGAUGAGGAAUAAUCGUGUCCUCAGAGUUAGAUUUGCUACACAUGGUGCAGCUCUCAAGAUUUUCAACCUAUCUCCAUUCGUGUCAAAUGAACUUCUUGAGAAGGCGUUUUCACAGUUUGGUGAAGUUGAGCGUGCAGUAGUGUUUGUGGAUGACAGGGGCAAGUCCUUGUGCGAGGGAUUGGUAGAGUUUGCAAGGAAGCCAGGAGCUCAGGCAGCAUUCAAGCGAAUAAAUGAGGGUGUCUUCUUGCUCUCAUCAUUCCCAAGACCAGUCAGAGUUGAGAUGCUUGAACAGCGAGAUGAAGAUGAUGGUCUGACAGAAAAAUUUGUGCAGCGGAAUGAUGGCUUCCGGCAGGAUCGGGAAAAAGAGCCCAGGUUUGCACCUCCUGGAGCAUUCGAAUAUGAGUUUGGGCUGAAACAUCGAGAGAUUGACAAUAUGGAACGUGAGAGGAUUGAGAUGGUGAAGAAAGACAUGGAGCAAGAGCGUCACAGGCUUGCUGAGGAGAUGGAGACAGCGGUCUUUGACUUUCAGGCGGAACAAAUUAGACAAGACCUGAUGAGACAGCAGGAGGAGCUGAAGAGGCUGGAUGAAAUGAAGAAUGAACAUGUGAGGCGACGUCAGGAACAAGAGGCCAGGCGGAAGCAGCAGAUGGGUGGAGUUGGGGGGCCGCCAGACAGCAUGAUGCGACGGGAAGAGGAAGAACGUCGAAGAGAGAUGAUGAUGCGGGCAUCCAAUGAGAUUAAUCGGGGGCGGGAUGGGGGAAUGAAUCAGGGCGGGCCCAACAGGGGGCUCAGUGGUCGUCCUGAUGACAUGAUGAGAGGGGACAGGCCAGGAGGGAUGAUGGAGAGUCGCCCGAAUGACAACCGCGGGCCAAACACGCCCCCAAUGCCAAUGGCUCCACCUCCUGUACCUCCGGGCAUGAACAUGGAACCUGGCCGUCAGCCUGGACCUAGAGGCUUAUUUUCUGGUAAGCAGGGUGGCAAUAUGGAUGGUCCGCGGUUCCCGAUGCCUGGCGGAAGCCCUGGGGGGGAUCGCCCUAAAAUGGACAUGGACCGGCCUGUUGGAAUGGACCGGCCACCUCAUGGUAACAUGGACAGACCCAUGAAAGGCGAUCACAUGCAGAGACCAGGACCAGGCGGUCCUCCAGGAAGGUUUCCUGGGCCACAGGGCCCUGGGGGUCCGGGAAACUUUCCUCCUGGCCCGGGAGGAAUGCCCAACAGGUUCCCAAACAUGCCCCCAGGAGGUCCAAUGGGCCCAAAUAACCCCAACAUGCGUGGAGACAGAAGAGAGCCACCACGAAGGGAUGACUUUGAUCCUAAGAGAAUGAGGAGGUUUUAAGAAGCCAUACAGACGAAGAUCAUGUACAUAGAAAUUAGAAUUGACUUAGUCUGAUAGGAGACCCAAAAUGUUUUAUUUUUGAUGGAGUUUAUGAACAUAGGAAGUUUUUUGGUUUGGUCAAGUAAGAUCAAGUGUAUACUUCCCAGUCUUUUAUGACAGAAUUAUGAUUUGUAAGAUUGUUUUAAAUAAUGUUCAUCCAGGAUAUCACAUGAACUGUAUAUAUAUCUUAUCACAAUACAAAUUCAUUAUAUCAUGUGCUGUCUCGUAAUUGUUUCAUAUUGAUGUUUUACAUGUUGUAAUAUUAGGAAGUCCAGACAGUUGUACGCAUGGUGCAUAAUGUUUAUUUCUGUAACACCUUAAAUGUAAACAAUCAUAAUCAAAUGUUCUCAAUGUGAUUUAGCAUUUGUUGAUAUUGAAAAAAACAAACAUCAUUGAUCUUUUAAUAAUAUGUAGUGGUAUUAAAGAUAUAGAUAUAGACAUAAAAUAUAAAAUAUAUACAAAUAGCUUAUUUUGAUUAGAAAUCUUCUUUGAUAUUUAGAUGACUGGUUUCAAUAUGAACCUUAACUUCGGAUUGGACUCAUAGUUUCAGUUUUAUCACCUUUAGAUAACGCAUGCUUUUAAGUGUAUGUAUGUAGUGAUGGUUUCAUUAUGCGUGUUUUCUGUGUUUUCGACAUUUUAAAGUCAAGUGACAACAUAACUAUCCUGAUUCAGUAAAAUACAUUUAUCAUUGUAAUUUGCCUUUUUUGUACAUAUUACAAGUUAUCGUUUAGUUUCAUGUAAGAUCUGCCCCAGUUUCUGUUUACCUCUUUGCUUGUAUCAUACACAAUCAGCAAUGGUGAAGUCAUUAUUGGAUUUUGGUUCAAUUACAAUUUGUUUAACCUCUUUAUUGUGGAAAUAAAUGAUAAUUAAUA